GCCUGUUCGCCGAGGAGGAGGGCGGAUUGUUUGCUCUCGGGAUCAUUAUAUUCCAUCUGCAGCGAAAUAAUUCCCGGCUCUCUCCCUUUGACAAAACAUGGUAAUGCAAACAUAAUUUAUGAGAGGCAAAGAUUUGGAGCUAUUCCGUGGGAUUCUUCUCCAGUCACCAAGAGAAGACUGAGGUGGGCGAAAAGACUUGGGUGGUGUGGAAACUGGACACCCUUCCAGGCCAGAGAUCAGAACACCCUAGAAGGCUUAACUAAAAGAAUGCUCAUGUUUGACCCCGUCCCUGUCAAGCAGGAGGCCAUGGACCCUGUCUCUGUGUCCUACCCAUCGAAUUACAUAGAAUCGAUAAAACCCAACAAAUAUGGGGUCAUUUACUCCACGCCAUUACCCGACAAGUUCUUCCCGACCCCAGAAGGCCUUACUCACGGGAUCCAGAUGGAGCCAGUGGACCUCACUGUGAACAAGCGGGGAUCACCACCCUCGGCUGGCAGUUCUCCCUCCUCCCUCAAGUUUCCGUCGCACCGGAGAGCCUCACCUGUGCUGAGCAUGCCGCCCUCCAGCCCGCCUAUUAAGAAAUACUCACCCCCUUCUCCUGGAGUGCAGCCUUUCAGCAUGCCUCUGUCCAUGCCGCCGGUGAUGGCGGCUGCGCUGACCAGACAUGGAAUCCGGAGCCCUGGCAUCCUCCCUGUCAUCCAGCCCGUCGUGGUGCAGCCUGUCCCUUUCAUGUACACCAGCCACCUCCAGCAGCCGCUCAUGGUCUCCUUGUCAGAAGAGAUGGACAAUUCAAACAGUAGCUUGCAAGUACCUGUAAUUGAAUCCUAUGAGAAGCCCAUAUUACAGAAAAAAAUUAAAAUAGAACCUGGAAUUGAACCACAGAGGACAGACUAUUACCCUGAAGAAAUGUCACCCCCUUUAAUGAACUCAGUGUCCCCCCCGCAGGCAUUGUUGCAAGAGAACCAUCCUUCGGUCAUAGUGCAGCCCGGGAAGAGACCUCUGCCUGUGGAGUCCCCGGACACCCAAAGGAAGCGGAGGAUACACAGAUGCGACUAUGAGGGGUGCAACAAAGUCUACACUAAGAGCUCGCACUUGAAAGCACACAGAAGAACUCACACAGGAGAAAAGCCCUACAAAUGCACCUGGGAAGGCUGCACAUGGAAAUUUGCUCGGUCUGAUGAACUAACAAGACAUUUCCGAAAGCACACUGGAAUCAAACCUUUCCAGUGUCCGGACUGCGACCGAAGCUUCUCUCGCUCCGACCACCUUGCCCUCCACAGGAAACGCCACAUGCUCGUCUGAAAGCCUGGCUCCACCUCAGUGACUCCCGACUCUUCCUGGCACUCUUGUCUCUCUCCCUGUCCGUGUGCGUCUCUCUGUUCCUCUCCUCCUGCCCAUUAGCUAACUCAUUUUUUGUAUGUACAUUUUAAUUUCGAUUCAGCUGGUCUGAAUCUCUGAAUUUAUAUCAUUCAAGACUUCCAUAUGGUCAGUAGUUGAUUCUCUAACCCUCCCUUUCCUUACCACGGGUCAGACCUAAAGAAUGUGAACAUUUUUUUUUUUCCGGGGAUGCUAAGCAAACCCUCCUUACAGAUACGUUUAAUGUAAUGAGAACAAGGGAACAUGUAAACUCACGACCAAUUUGUCAGUUUCUCCAUGUAUUCCUUAAAAGAAUGUCAAAGUAAAUGUAUCAGAAAUACAGUAUCCAGCCUGCUAGUCCUUGCCAGAGACCUUCGUACCUCUGCUACAUUUUGUGUUCACCCACAAAGAAUGGGGUUCCUUUUACCAGUUAGCAAGAUAGAUCCACAGAGAUGUCAAGCUGGUCCUGUCCCCUCUUCCACUGACCUUCCCACUUGCUUGUUGGCCUGGAUAACCAACUCUGCUAUGUCAAAGUCCUUUGUCCUCCAAAGCACCCAAAGUUUAUGUGGAGGCCUUCGCUGAGCCCAGGCUUCUGCUUUAGGGGAGCCAUGUGCUCCCAUAGUGUGGGGAAGAAGCAGAAGAGCCUGCGAGUGGAGGAGGAAGCCAGCGAUUCUUCCUGGAUAGGACUGUGGGCCAUCGACAUCUCGGCCGCUAACAUGGACUGUGCGGUGCAUUUGUUAAAUGUCCAUCCCUAGACAUGACUCAACUAAGUGACCCUUGCUACCCAGCUGGAUACCUGAAGGGUUAUUGGUACCACCGCCUCCAUUCCUGCAGGAUCCUUCAUUGUGGCUCACGACGCAUUCAGAGUAAGGAAUCCACAGAAAUAAUUGCCCGGUAAUGUACAAACAAACAAAAACUUUUGAGACAGUGUAAAAGUGAACUCUCCCAACCCCUCUGACCUACUAAGUGGGCUUUUGCAAACAGGAAAAUGAGUGGUACUUAUAUUCCCAUAUCCAAUUAGUCACCUAGCUUUCGUAUGGAGCUUUUUUUGUGUGAGCUCUACGGUGCCAAACCAGCUGUCAUUUGUGUCCGUGACACAGCAUAUAUGAGCAUCCAUAAGCUUGAGGGAAAUCAUUGAAUUAACCCCUGAGUGACACUAUUUGUAAAUAUACCUAGUGUGAAUGAAGCACAUAGAUCUUUAUUUUGGUGACAGAUUUUUGAAAACUAGAGAAAAACCACAAUUCAGGGAUUUAUAUAUGUAGCUUGAAGAUUCCCACAAGUUUCUGCGGGAGCUAACAGUUUCCUGUCACUACUAUGUAUCCUGUUAGUACAAACAAAAACAAUGCCUCAUGCUGAUGUUGAUGAUAAAUAGCACCAUUAUUUGGGGGGACUUUUUUUUUUCAAAAGCAGGCUUUUGAACACCGUAGUCCAAACGCCAACAGAAAACAAUUCACACGUAGAAAUGCCAUCGGUUAUAAAUUUGAGGAAAAUGGCGCAGUGGGCAGAUGUGGUUACAUACGACACGACAGCUCCUUCACCCCCUCACAAAGGAUGGAGGAGAAGAGAGGAGAGAAUCUUGAAAAUUCGUCCCAGCCACAACUCAGGAUCCAACACACCUGGGAGGAGCACGCUACUUGAUUGUCCUUGAACAUCAGUGAAUUAGUGAUGCAGGCUACCCGCACACACAAGCAGGGAGCUUGCUUUGAUGGCACUAUGUUCAGAGUUGCAGGGACUGCACACAGAAGGUCCUGCUCAGCCCUGUGAACCAGCUGAGGGGAAAUGUGGGUGGAAGCUGUAAAGAAAUGUUAUCUUAGCACUUGGGUUCCUUUUCGUUCUUUUUUUAGCUCUGCAAAAAAAUAAAUUAAAAGAAAAUCUGUUCAGGCUAUUAAAGCAUGCUGAUUAGGCUCUUGCCUUUCUGUACCCAUGGCCUGAAUUGAGGAGCGGAAUGUCUCUUGGAAAAAGCAGGGUCUCCGUUGUGGGUGUGGAGUCACACCCAUGCCAACACCAUCGUGUCUUGAAGGGGUUCUUCUGCAGCGCACUGCAGAAUCCAGCCUGGUUUUGUUGUUUCAGUUUGUGUGUUCCACACAAACUUGAGAAGGGGAAGGGUGCCGGGAAGGACAGAAUUAGCUUUGCAGUGAAGUACAGUUAAUAGCUUCCUGACAGAUUUAAACUUUGCUCAGAAAUCUACAUUACAUUACUCUUCAGCUUGCUUAGGUCAUGUUAACAGUUCCAUCAGAAAGAUCUAUUUUAACUCGGAAAGAAAAGUAACCCAGAGAACCCGUUCUCUAUCCCCAUGCUGGUCUGAUAUGCUUUUAGUUCAUUGGCCCUUACCAAAUUUUCUUUAUAUGUGUAUGUAUUUGUAUCUUACUAUGGUAGUUGAGAAAUUUAGUCUUUUAGUUUUUUUGUUUUUUUUAAGCCGUUUUUGUGGAAGAUAGAAGAUGCCAUGGAAACGUGUUUUUUGUUUUUUUGGGUUUUUUUUGAUGGCAUGCUAUGUUAAUGUCAGUGGCGGUUCGGUUGUAGUAUUUUAAAUUGAUGAGAACAGGCUGCAAACACGAAGUCACCCCGUGUGAAUUGUUACAGAGUUCAUUCAAUUCCAGCUUUCCAGUCGGAGUGUGCAUCAUUAAGUGGGCACUUAGCAGUCUAAAGUCCCUUGAUUUGCAGACUGCAGCAUAGCUUGGUUCAGCUAAGAAGAUGCUAAAUAUGCAGACGUUUCAAGAGCGUUGGAACAGGAUUACAGGGGAAUGAUAUAUGUAUAUGUAUGUUGUAUUAAACACCCACCUGCACUAUCAGUAUUGCACUAAUGCGGAAUUUGAGAUACUUGCUGAUACUGUAAUCUGCACACCAUUCUUUAGAUUGUUGUAAAGACAAUCUCCGAGAUCAGAGGUUUUUAAUAAUUUGGUUUGAAAAUAAGAAUUGUCUUGAAGGAAUUGCUAACGUACAUGAAGUCACUUGAGUUUUCUUUAUUCUCAUCUUGGUCAAGGUUAACAGUUUCUAAAUGAUUGCAAAUUCACUUAAGUAAUACAUUUACAAAGCCAUUUUACAUGCAUUAAACGAGGGCUACAAUGUGUUUUACAAAUACUAGCACUUUUUUUCCUGUUAUGUACUUAGUGUUAGAGGGUCAGAAUAACCUUUCUGCUUAGCAUCUCUUAAACCCUACCUGCAAGCAUAGAAGGGUUAUUGCAUUUACAGUACUUUAAUACUUGUAUAAACUAUGCAGAAAUUUUUAAUAAAGUGUAAUAUAUUUUAUAAGCUAAUAAGACUGAAUGGGUAAAGGUUUUUAGCAUGCAUUAGUAUACUUGCAAAUACUGAAACAUUUUGGUAAUCUUUCUUACUAAAGAUGUGAAUGUUUAAUGUACCUUCGCUGUUUCUACCCUGUAGUCCAAUGGGAAUUCAGUAAUGACAUUUUGUCAUGUCAAACUGUGAACAUAAAUUUGUACUGUACAGUCCUCAUAUACUAUAUACAGUAUGCAAUAUAUGUAUUAUAUACUUGUUAAUAAAACCAUCCGAAUAUUA